GCUGUAGACUUUGUCGCUGACGCCUUCUGUGCUGCAUCAUUUGUCAUAUACGCAUUUUAAGGAAACUCUCCGUAGCCCGCUGACAUGUGGAAGCCAAAGCUGAAUUUCAUCUCCCUUCACUAUACGUGGAUUCUGUUUUGUAGUCUCCUAUCAUGGGUGAUUCUGUAUCCGUACGGCAACUUGGCCGCCGUGGACGCCUUCUUCUUCAGCUGCAGUUCGUCAACAGAGUCCGGUUUGAACACGUACGAUUUGAAGACAUAUCAGCAGGUGUAUAUCUACGUGAUCCCUAUCAUCACCAACUUGAUGUUUGUCAACAUUGUGGUCGUCGUAGCACGUCUGUACUGGUUCCGGCAGCGCCUUCACGACAUCGCUCCUUCUACACUUGGAAGAUAUGGUGACCAAGAUGUAGAGGCCAAUGAAGUAUCGGAAAGCAAGCUUGACAGCGGAGCAGAGAUUCCAUCGCAGCACCAAACACCUCGUGACCCGGACGAGAACUCUACUCCAGUAGCAGACUCACUCGCACCAACAAAAGAGCAAAUCUUCCAUGGAUUGAACGAGCAGCCCGAACGUCCAUCCAGGCCGACUAACAUUACCUUCGACGACAGUUUGCCAGUACCCAGGCCUCUUGGUCGAGCGGAUACCACUGUGCUUCAUGUGCCUGGUCCGAUAGAUCGCAUCAACGGCCAGCCGAUCACUGAAAUUCCUGUUGGGCGUAGUGAGAUUGAUGUUGAGCUGAAAUGGCGGAAAGACACUGACGCAAUUCGACCCGUUCGCCGUUCAUUGGUGGGCUUGUCAAGACGCAGACCGCAUCAGGUCAAUGGUCCUGCAAUGCGUGCGGCCAUCUCCAUUGAGAAGGUUGCUUCGUCCAUGCUCAAGAUCAUAUCUAUCUACCUCGUCGAGUUCCAUCUUUUUGGAGUCGUGUGCCUCGUGCCGUGGAUACACAACGCACCGUCCAAGUACAAGGACGUCCUGGCCCAGAGCGCGCAAGACCGGACCUGGUGGGCCAUCUACUCGUCCCAGACCAUGGUCGACAACUUGGGCUUCACGCUCACGCCAGACUCGAUGGCAAGCUUCAGAGACGCUACAUGGCCCAUGCUCGUCAUGACGUUCCUCGCUUUGGCCGGAAACACUCGCUACCCCGUCUUCCUCCGCCUUGCCAUCUGGAUCAUGUCUCAAGUCGUAUCUCGUACCUCAGCCACCAGAGAACAUCUGCAUUUCCUGCUCGACCACCCGAGACGGUGCUACACGCUUUUGUUCCCCAGCAAGCCCACCUGGAUCCUCUUCGGCAUAGUCUUCGCCCUCAACUUCAUCGACGUCUUGCUCAUCAUCGUCCUAGACCUCGACAACGCGGCGGUCAACGACCUGCCCAUGGGUCCGCGCAUCCUAUCCGCGCUCUUCCAGGCCGCGUCGGCGCGACACACGGGUACGGCGACGUUGAACCUCUCACUCGUCAAUCCGGCUGUGCAGUUCAGUCUCUUAUCCAUGAUGUACAUUGCCAUCUACCCGAUUGCCAUCAGCAUCCGUGCUUCCAACACGUAUGAGGAGAAGGCGCUAGGCAUUUAUGGUGACGACAGCCAGCUCGACGAGAGUAACGGCACAUCGUACAUCAUGUCUCACGUCCGCAACCAACUUAGUUUUGACCUGUGGUACAUCUUCUUGGGAACUUUCUGCAUCUGCAUCGCAGAGUCGGAGCGGAUCAUGGACCUCAACGAACCGGCGUUCUCCGUGUUCCCAGUCUUCUUCGAAGUCGUUAGCGCAUACGGCAACGUCGGGUUGUCCCUGAGACACCCGUCGGUCAUGACCUCCCUCAGCGGCGAGUUCACGACCUUCAGCAAGCUCGUCAUCUGCGCCAUGAUGAUCCGCGGCCGCCACCGCGGGUUGCCGUACUCACUCGACCGCGCCAUCAUGCUCCCAAGUGAGGAAAGCUCGCACUCUGAAACGGCUAGACGCACGGCCGCGGAGCGUGAAGAGAGAUUGUUGGUAUCACAGGCGUGAUACAUUUCCUCAUGAGGGUGUAUCUUCGGCAACAAUCACGUCGAU